UCUUUAUUCAUAUCUAGUAUUUUAUAUCAAAAGAUAACAUGAUACUAAUCGGGAAAGAAUGUUUAUAAAUCUACUUUGUUUUCUGCUAAUUCAAAUUAAUGAAAUAUCAUAUGUAAAUGGCGAAGAAUCAGGAAAUAACGAAAUAGAUAAUGUUAUAAAAGAAACUGUACUUCAUAUUAAAAAUGGCGAAAUUAGACAUUUUUGUAAUUCAAGAAAAACAUGUUGCGAAGAAAAAUUUAUAUCAAUAGUUGAAGUAAUAACAUCUUCCCAAACUCACAAACAAACUGAUGAAAAAUCUUGCACAGAUUUUGAAGUGCUACAAGAGUUACAAUUUUUUAUUAAUUUUAAGGAAUCAUUCACAAAUGCCAUUACUAUACCAUGUCUUAAAAGUUUUAGUGGAGCACUUAAAGUGAAAUACAGAUGUUUUUCUAAAGUAUUAGAAUGUCAUCCCCAAUGUGAAAAAGAAAACUCAACAUGCAUUUUUACAGCAGAUGGUAGCAAAUGUCUAUUAAACAGUAAUCUUAGUAUAUUUGGCACAGAUUAUAGAAUCAAAUACAUUGGAUGUCGUAAAAUAAGAACACCAUCAGAAGAAUCAGAAAUUAAUAUUUCAAACAUUGUUACUCCACAAAUUUGCAUAAAAGUUUGCCAAAUGCUUGGUUACACUUAUGCUGCACUUGGUGAAACACAUACAAAGUGUUCAUGCUAUCAAAAUGUAACCUAUUUUGAGGUUGCAGAAGAAGAAAGCUGCUUAUCUGCAUGUUCAUACAACCCCUACUACAGCUGUGGUAAUGGAUACAAUAAACAUGUUUUUCAUACAGGCAUAAAAAAUUUAAAGUGUUCUGAAUCUCCAUGUCCAGAAGGCACAUUUUGUGUUCAAUUCUAUGAAGAUUAUUACUGUCUAUGCAAUGAAACCUCAAAAGAACAACCAAAAGGAUGCUAUGGCUGUCUUGAAGGAUGGUCUACAACUCCAGAUUCUACCGAAUGUUUCAUUAUGAUUAACAACUUGAACUCAAGAAAUCUUUCGAAUGAUUGCAGAAGAUAUCAUGGAGUUUCUUUGUAUAACACUUCAGAGAAAACAAACUUCUUUUUAUUAGCAUUUUUAGCUAACAAGCUACUUAAAAGCAGUCUUGGUGAAGCUAAUGAACUAAAAAUGCAGUUAAUAAACAAGAAUAUAACCAAUCAAACGAUGCCAAUAUGUCGUAGAAUAAAAUCUGCUGUUAUUGGCACAUAUCCUUGGACAACAUGGCCCAGUGGAAGUUAUGGUUUACCUAUGCCUGUAUCUGGUUGUCCUGAUGGCCACAAUUUUAAAUGGGAUGAAGGUUUUUAUAGGCAGUAUACAGAGCACACAAACAAUCAAAAUGAAAUUUCUGAUUCAUUUCAUUUGUUUGGAGAAGUCACAAAAGAGUAUGUCUUUAGAGGAUUUUGUAUUAAAGUAGAAGAAUCUUUUACUGAAUGGCCUAAUGGUCAAUAUUGUAUAUAUAAGAAAGGAGAACAUUGCCCCACCAAUAUGGUUGAAGGAGAAUUAUUUUGGGAUGAUGAGGAUACUAACAACAAUAAUACAGCUACUGGUGUUUUACCUGAAGGUAUGUUUAAAAGAGAUACUCAGAUAUUUUAUUGUUGCACAACUGGAGAAAUAAAUCAAGAUGGUAUUUUGCUUCCACGUGAAAGACCUUUUUAUUUGUUUCCAUAUAAAUUUCCAAUAUGUCAGCAUGUUAUUGGCACAGAAUCAUCCUUAGAAUUUAUUCAAUAUGAUAUUGAAAGUUAUUAUGAGAAUAUUGGUGCUGCUGUUGCUAAAGGAGAAAGGCAUCCUUAUGCAGAAAUUGUGUUACCUGGUUACCACCUAAAGAUUUAUUACUGUUAUUACAAACCAAUUAAAAGUUGUGGUCGCCCGCGACAUCAUUCAGAUCUUCUAAACACUCAAAAAAAUGAAACGUACAAAGUUGGGGAUAUAGUCCACUAUGUUUGUAAAAAUGGUUACAAAAAUAUUGGUGAUGAGUAUGAUGAAUGUUUACCAUCAGAGCAUUGGUCAAGUGUUGUUGGUCCAAAAUGUGUAGAUGUAAAUGAAUGCACAGAUAAUCGAGCAUGUCAUGUUAAAGCUAACUGUUAUAACUUAUUAGGAUCAUAUAUUUGUAAGUGCAACCCAGGAUGGGUUGGUAAUGGACAUACUUGCAGAGUUGCAUUCUGCAUACCUCCAUCACCUCUGGAAAAUGGAUUCCAUUCCAACAUCAAGACUGAGUAUGCUGUAGGGGAGUAUUUAUUUUUUAAAUGUUCCCCAAAUUAUCUAUUAAUUGGUUCAGAUUCUACUGUGUGUCAAGAAAAUGGUCAAUGGAAAAGUAUAUUUCCCGUUUGUGUAGAAAAAUCGACAUGUGUUGAUAAAAGUUAUACGUGCAAACGUUCUACAUCAUAUCUUUCUCAAGUUUCUAACACAACGUGUUCCUGUAAAUAUGUGGAAAAAGGUAAUUCUACCUAUCAGACAGAUCCUCCUGAAAGAGCUGAAACAUCAAAUGCCACUUUAGUUGCUGCUUUGACAACAGGUUCAAUAGCUCUUUUUACAAUGAUACUUAUUGUAAUUACUUUUACUCUUUUGAAAUGGAGAAAACGAGAAAGACGACUUCGAGAUAUAAGUUUAAAGUCAAACACAAGUGUGUAUGCAGACAUAGAGGAAUUUAGAUUAAAUUUAAAAAUGAAUAGAAAAAAGGAGUUUCGUCGUUCAUCUUGUUUUUCAACAAACACAAAUGCUGUAGUAAGUUGGGACAGCAAACCUAAUUUACCUCCCAGAAUAUCGGUAUGCAAAUCUGUAUCUGGCACAAAAAGUAAUUCUCAAUUUAGUUCUUCGAUAUCCAAGUUUCGACGGCAUAGCGACUUUCCUUUGUCGGAAUCUUUUUUAUUGCCGCCUAAUCAGUUUUUAUCUGCUAUCUCGCAAGAAAAAAUAAAAAGAUCUUUCCCUUCAAAGCAGUAUAAUGGUUUUAGCCCAACCCAAGAUGAUGCAACUUCUGGCCUCACGGAAAAACGAGCAACGAUAGCAUCAGCGUCUUUGUGUUCUCAAAAAGUACCUUUUUGCUCAAAAAACGCAACAACAUCUUUGUACUCUGAAAAUAAUGCUUCACAGAAUCAUAAACAAAUUGAUGGAUCUUUGAGCGAAUAUACAGAAAAUCCUUAUAUCGAUAUGAAUACUGAUCAAUUUUCAAUUCGAAGCGAAAAUGAUGAAUCAGAAAACUCUUUAUUGACUGAUCAUUACGGUCAGACUCCUAAAAACACGCUAAGAAUAAGUUUAAGGCACCGCAGUUUUACAGUGGGAAACACUGAUAAAAUUGCAGCUGAUGCUGGUGAAAAAGAUGUAAAUAAACUAAAUAAAAGUUCCAGCUAUAAUUCUCUCCAGUCUAAUGCUUAUUUAAACUCUGAGCAAGCAAACAUUUGUUUUAACUCUUCUCAACAACCUAUUAUUGGUUCAUUUCAACAUGACGAGUCCUGUGAUGUAAAAAAAGGCGAUCAAGUUCUUAUCAUAAACAAUUGGGAAGACAUAGCUGAAACUGAUUUUUCUUUACAACUUAAGUUACCAUCCGCUAUAAAAAAAAAUAACAAAGACUGGAGAAUGACUAUGGAGGAAUUUUCUUCAAGGUUUUUUCGUUAUAAAAUUAGAUGCAAACUAAGCAGCGGGCGUAAGCGCAGUGAAACAAACCCAUUAUAAGCAGGCGUUGUAAGCGCAGUGAAACAAAUUCAUUAUAAGCUCCAUUAUAUAUAUCAUUUUAUGUGCAGUGAAACGAACGAUUAUAAGCUUUAUUAUAUAAUUUCUGUAGCAGUCAAUUUUAUACAUCUAUUUUUAUAACUGUUUCUACGAUUAAUUUUUAUAAGAUAAAUUUUUAUUUUCUAG